GACAAAGUACAGACACAAGUGCACCAACAAAUAUGGUUGUGGUGGCAUGGAUGUCCGUUGCAAACAAUACCUCCUGGGUUAUUGAUGAGCAUUUUGGUGGCUAUAGAUAUGAGUUAUGGACAAAUGGAAACGUUUGAAGCGCCCACGGUUCUCAAUUCACUCAAGAUACUAAAUCUCAAGGGUUGUGACAAGCUUGUUAGCAUUUGCAAUCUUUACCGACUCCCUAGACUAAACAUUUUGGAGCUCUGGAACUGUAGAAGCCUGACUCAUGUUUGUAAAUCCAUAGCAGAUCUUGAGAAUUUGUCCAGGUUGGGUUUCGCAGGGUGCACUAAGCUGUGGAAGUAUGUAAAUCAACCAGGAAAAAUGAUGCUUCCAGAACAGUCAUCGUUUUCCUUACCCCGGUCGUUAACAUGGUUGGAUCUCUCAAACGGAGGCCUGGAUACUAACAAUGAUGUUUGUACGGUAUUCCAUGCUCAAUCUUCCUUUGAACUGCAUUUAGCAGCUAAUCUAUUUGAGUACCUGCCCAACAACAUUAACCUUAAAAUGCUUCGCAUACUCAACUUGUAUUCUUGUUCAAACCUGAAGUCUCUCCCCUCUAUUCCAACUACGCUAGAGGAGCUGUAUAUAGAUUGGUGUACAUCACUGGAGAGAGUAACAUUCGAAUCAGGACGUUUCAGUCUGCGGGUGUUUGCUUAUGAAUGUUGUUUUAAACUGUCAGAAAUUCAAGGUCUUUUUAAAUUAGUGCCGAUAGCAAAAAUUAAUGAAGCAGAUCUGGGUCAUUUGCAAUGGAUCAAGGCAUAUGAAGAUCAUAAGGUGGAUCUGGUUGGUGAUGAUAUUACACAAGGAAAUAUUUGGCACACCCAGAUGUUGUAUGAAUAUGGUAUAAUGAGCACCUAUCUACAAGGCAUAAACGAUCAAAUCAUGAAGACAUAUGAGUACACGUCAUUGUCCAAUUUUGUUUUCUUUCAUGUGCCUAGUUAUCAUGAGCAAAAAAGGAUCGAAGGAUUGAAUGUAAGUUGCUUAUAUAGAUCAUCAGGAUUCAAGGAUAAAGCUGUAUGGAACUUGUGGGCCAAAAUCAGCAACAAAAGCAAGGGUGUUACGUGGGUAUACAACCCUAUCGUGUAUUGCAAACCCAGAGUUCAUGAAGAUGUUGUGUGGGUAAGUUAUUGGCCAAUUGGAAACAUAUUAGAUGCUGGCGAUGAAGUCAGUGUGGAUAUAUAUGUAGAUGAAAGCAUGAUAAUGGUAGGUGGGUGUGGUGCUAGCAUUGUGUUUAUGGAUAAUGAAGUAGUGGAAGAAGAGAAGUGUGAGAAUGACACAAUGAAAGAGGAAGAAGUAAUUGGAGGAGAUCUAUCUGAAUUCGAGGUGACUACGGGAUGCUACUAUUUAUGCCGUCGUGAUGUAUUUGGUCUACAGACACCGUAUUGGUUAAGAAAAUUCUUUGGUGAUGACGUUCACUAUACAGAUUCACAUAGAUGGAGAAAAACUCAUCAAACAGUGCGCUCUAAGGAGCUCAGAGAUUAUGCAUACACCUUUCACAAAAUAAUUGAGCUGGGAGUUAGCUUUAACAGUGAAAGUGAAAUCGACAAAAUAGAGAAGGCGGUAUCUAGUCUUGUGGGCGUUGAGUCUGUUUCGGCUCAUAAAGAAAUGGGAAAACUAAUUGUCACCGGAUAUGUUGAUCCUGUAGAAGUGGCAACCUGUUUCAGGAAGUUUGACAACAUGGUGGUAGACAUUUUAUCUUAUAAAAUUCUCUUUGAAUAAAAAGUAUGAUUUUAAGUUCUAACAUGUACAAAGCUGACCACAUAUUGAAGCUUUAGCCUUUAAUUACAACAUAUUAAUGAACCCCAGGUAAAAGAGAUUCUUUUUAGUACCAGUCAAGC